UUUAAACUUAGCAAUGGUGAUCUCCACAACGACGAUCUCACAUGCUGAAGAAUCAGUAAACAGUACAUUUGCAUCAAGGUAUGUAAGAACUUCUCUGCCAAAAUUCAAAAUGGCGGAAAAGUCAAUACCUAAAGAUGCAGCAUAUCAGAUCAUUAGUGAUGAGUUGAUGUUAGAUGGUAAUCCUAGACUAAAUCUUGCUUCAUUUGUUACUACUUGGAUGGAACCUGAAUGUGAUAAACUCAUGAUGGCUUCUGUUAACAAGAAUUAUGUUGAUAUGGAUGAGUAUCCUGUUACUACUGAACUUCAGAACCGGUGUGUUAAUAUGAUUGCGCACCUCUUCAAUGCACCAGUUGGGGAAGAUGAAACAGCAGUUGGAGUCGGGACAGUAGGUUCCUCUGAGGCCAUAAUGCUAGCUGGACUAGCAUUUAAGAGGAAGUGGCAGAACAAAAGAAAGGCUGAAGGCAAACCUUUCGACAAGCCUAACAUUGUCACUGGUGCAAAUGUUCAGGUGUGCUGGGAGAAAUUCGCUAGGUAUUUUGAGGUUGAACUAAAAGAGGUAAAGCUCAGGGAGGGAUAUUAUGUGAUGGACCCUGUAAAAGCGGUGGAAAUGGUGGAUGAAAAUACAAUAUGUGUAGCUGCUAUCUUAGGUUCUACCUUAACUGGGGAAUUUGAGGAUGUCAAAACCCUAAAUGAUCUCCUCACUGCAAAAAAUAAAGAGACGGGAUAUGACACACCAAUCCACGUUGAUGCUGCCAGUGGUGGAUUUAUUGCCCCCUUCUUAUGCCCAGAGCUCGAGUGGGAUUUCCGGCUUCCAUUGGUUAAGAGUAUAAAUGUUAGUGGCCAUAAAUAUGGUCUUGUUUAUGCUGGUGUUGGCUGGGUUGUAUGGAGGAGUAAACAAGACUUGCCUGAAGAGUUGAUAUUCCAUAUUAACUAUCUCGGAGCAGACCAACCUACAUUUACCCUGAAUUUUUCUAAAGGCUCCAGUCAAAUAAUCGCUCAGUACUACCAGUUCAUUCGUCUUGGUUUCGAGGGGUACAAAAACAUCAUUGGGAACUGCAUGGAGAAUGCACAAAUGUUGAGCAAAGGUUUAGAAAAGAUGGGUUGUUUUGAAAUCCUGUCAAAGGACGUAGGAGUACCGUUGGUGGCCUUCGCUCUAAAAGAUAGCAGUAAAUACACUGUGUUCGAGAUAUCCGAGAGCUUAAGAAGGUUUGGAUGGAUUAUUCCAGCAUAUACAAUGCCACCGGAUGCCCAAGAAGUUGCAGUUCUUCGAGUUGUUAUCAGGGAGGAUUUUAGUCGUAGUUUGGCUGAGCGUCUUCUAAGUGAUUUUGAGAAAGUUAUGAAGGAGAUUGAAGAACUUCCUAGUAGGGUUUCUAAUAAAGUGGUUCAUGUUACAGCAAUGGUGGAUGAAGUAAAGGGAGGACAAGGUGCAGUGCAUAAGAAGAAGAGCGUCAAAGAGACUCAAGAGGGAGUCGCUAGGUAUUGGAGAAGGCUGGUGGAUGCUGAAAAGAAGACCAGUGGAGUCUGUUAAUGGAAAAGCAGUAUUUACACGUUGAUCAAGCUCUGAGUGUAUGUGUAUGUGUAUGUAUGUGAUUUUUCUUUGAAUAACAGGAUUUGUCUCUGGUUUGUGUGAGCAAUAUAUAGAAAAUUAAGUUUUACUGGUUC